UGUGCCCACCUGUCCCAGCCCAUUACCCACAACAGCUGACUGGGUCAAACCAGGGAGGCCUGGACCGGCCCGUGGAGGGGCUGAGCGAGGGGGCGACGGAGAGAGGGCGCUGCGGGCCAAGGCCGGUGAUUGAGGGGUCCAGAAGCGGGGCGCAGAGCGCUGGGCCUCACUUGGAUCCACUGGCUGCGCCGCCUGGCGCGCCUUCCACGCGCGCCUACCCGGCGGGUUUCCCAGCCCGGCGCGCCCUCAGUGCCAGUCUCCGCCCGCCCGUGCUGUCAGCCGCGCCCUUCCUUCCCGAGGGCGCCGAGAGGCCCGCCCCGGCCGCAGCGCUCCCAGCGGCGCACUGUCACGUCCCUGGCCUCCCCCGGGCCACCAGACUUCGGUGCGCUGAGCGCUCGCAUGGCGGCGGUGGGGCCGCGGACUGGCCCCGGCUCUGGGGCCGAGGCCUUGGCACUGGCGGCAGAGCUGCAGGGCGAGGCGACGUGUUCCAUCUGUCUGGAGCUCUUCCGAGAGCCCGUGUCCGUCGAGUGCGGCCACAGCUUCUGCCGCUCCUGCAUCGCGCGCUGCUGGGAGCGCCCCGGCGCGGGGUCCGCCGCCGUCCCCCGCUUGCUGCCUUACCCGCUCCCCUGCCCGCAGUGCCGCGAGCCAGCGCGCCCGAGUCAGCUGAGGCCCAACCGGCAGCUGGCCGCGGUGGCCACGCUGCUGCGGCGCUUCAGCCUGCCCUCCGCUGCCCCGGGCGAGCGCGGUACCCAGGAGGCCGCGGCGGCGGCGGCGACUGGGUGCGCGCAGCACGGCGAGCCGCUCAAGCUCUACUGCCAGGACGACGGAUGCGCCAUAUGCGUGGUGUGCGACCGCGCCCGCGAGCACCGCGAGCACGCGGUGGUACCGCUCGGUGAGGCUGUGCAGGAGGCUAAGGAGCUCCUAGAGUCCAGGCUGAAGGUCUUGAAGAGUGAUCUGGAGGACUAUGAGAUGUUUCGUUCCACGGAAGAGAAGGAGGGCAAGGAGCUCCUGAAGCAGAUGGCUGCUGAGCGAGAGAAGGUGGGGGCCGAGUUUCAGGCACUGCGGGCCUUCCUGGUGGAGCAGGAGGGCCGACUCCUGGGCCGUCUGGAGGAGCUGUCCCGGGAGGUGACACAGAAGCAGAAUGAGAACCUGGCCCAGCUUGGGGGCGAGAUCACCCAGCUAUCCAAGCUCAGCAGCCAGAUCCAGGAGACAGCACGAAAGCCUGACCUUGACUUUCUCCAGGAAUUCAAAAACACAAUAAGCAGGUGCAGCAAUGUGCCUGCCUCCAAGCCAAGCACAGUCUCUUCUGAGAUGAAGAAUAAAGUCUGGAAUGUUUCCCUCAAGACCUUUGUCUUAAAGGGGCUACUCAAGAAGUUCAAAGAGGAUCUUCGAGAAGAGCUGGAGAAAGAGGAGAAAGUGGAGUUGACCUUGGAUCCUGACACUGCCAAUCCCCGCCUCAUCCUCUCUCUGGAUCUUAAGAGCGUGCGCCUUGGACAACGAGCCCAGGACCUGCCCAGCCACCCACGUCGCUUUGAUACCAACACCCGAGUGCUGGCGUCUUGCGGCUUCUCCUCUGGGCGGCACCACUGGGAGGUUGCCUUAGAGAGGCUUCUGGAGACCCAGCUGCAGAGGCAUGAGACUGCAAGGUGGGAAAGAAGCCCCUGUGUUCAACUGAGCAGAGGAAGGGAUGCUUUGGAUCCCCAGGCCUGUCCCCUACCUGUUGUUCUGGCAUGCAAAUUUGGUUCCAGCUGUGAGGAGGUGGAAGCCUAUGAGCACUGGAGCCCCAUGUUGACAGGGGUGCUUCCUUUCACCAGGGCUUACUGCCUAGACUCAGCAAGACCUCUGGCUCCCUGGAACAACACCAAACCCUGGUCCUGUGCUGUCUCAGUUCCAAGGGCAAUGUUUGGGGCCAGGCCAAGUACGUUCAUGAUCACUUCUGUUUUGCCUUCUUGUCAACUGUCAGCUCUGCCUUCAGAGACCUGAAUCCAGCUGGCCUGACCAAUCAUCCACUCAGGGAGGAGCCUCCCAGCUCCGAGGACAGUCUGGGUCAGAGCUGGAAGGAGACCCUUGACCUGUGCAUGAGGGAAUAGCUCCAGACAACAUUCUGUAGGCAUGGCUACCCUCUAAGACCCCUAAACUGAUGAUACAGAGUGAUAUGUCCAUCCUUAGCCACAGUGCUAACCACGUGUUCUCACAGAUACCUAAAUCCCUCUCAAGUGCCAAAGUACAGUCUUUCUGGGUAAGGAGACCAAAGGUUCUGGAAUUUUGAAACACAGGAGAGCACAUAUAAUUUUACAGAUGUAACUAACACAAGCAUGGAAAUGCAGAGCACAAACAUGCCCCUGACAGAUUCUUUCUGGAACUUGCCAAAUGUAUGCUAACAGCAGAGGACCCUGGUGCCAAGGCUAGCUCGGCCUGUGCCCUGGUGGUUGCUAUCACCUUGGCUAAUUGUUCACCAGCUUCUUUUAGGCUAGGCUUCUGGGAGGGUGGUAGUGGGCUCUUCCUUGCUUAGUGCUCCCCAGGGAAGGGAGAUGAAAAUGGAAAUACAGAUUGUGAGCUUAUUUCUACAGUGGCUUAGCUCAUUCUUGACUUUCCUAGUUUGAAUGCAAGAGCACAAGUAUGAGCAGGGAGUUCUGCCAGCCGAGGUGAGCAAGUGUGCUUCUGUGUGUGAGAAAUGCGCACACAUGUGUUUAUAUCAGAUUGUGGGGACAGAGGGAUGUGUAGAUCUUGGAGGGGGCAUGUAUGAGCACAUGCAUAGGGUUUAGGUGUUGAAACAGACCUAGUGCAAUUAGGUCAUACCCUAUUAUUGACUUGUGGUUAAGUAUUAGCCACCCCAUAGUUAGGUGAUGGCCUUAGGUUUCCAACCUCACUAAUGGGCUGCUUGGCUAGAUGAAAGCCAGUUUCAGACCUAAUUCUAUCCUGCCUAGGUUGUUAUGCAGAUGCAGGGACAGUGACAGUCAAGUAGCCUGGCCUGCAAGAGUCAUGGAGCUUCAGUGCUCUGUCCCUUAAGGUGUUUCAAGCACACUUUGCAUACAGGGUUCUUCUAAGGCAGGCAUGGCACUGUUCUGGAGGCGGACUGAGUGCACACAGCACCAGGCCAUCAGAAUCCAGUGUCCUACAGACUGGGGACAGGACCAUUUAAGAGUUUAGCCUACAGCAGCAUUCCAGAAGGUGAAUUCUAUGCCCUGUUCAUACAUGAAGUGUAGCUCUGGAACACUGUAGCCAGUCAAAGUAUUUGACUACUACUGAAUUCCACAAGGAAAACUCAUUUUAACAUUUAUUUGCUAAUUAAAUGGCCUUUUGUUAUCAUCAA